GCCUUGAGCAAAACGUGGCAGCAUCCCACAAAUCUUAAAUCCCAUGCAAUACGAUGUUGUCAGAUGGAACUGAAGCAAGCAGCAAGCAAACGACUAAUGAAGAAGACCAAUCAGCAAGAACUGGAACUGAGUGUUUUGUUUUUUUGGAGACGUUGAGACUUUGAGAGAGAUUCAAUUGCUGCAUUUUCACAACCACCACCAAGGCAACAACCAGCUACAAAUAAUCAACCCUAACCAGAGCAAUGGAUCCUUACUUCGAACAGAGACUCAGAGAUGAAGUCAUCUACCUCCACUCUCUCUGGCACCAAGGCCCCCCCACCUCCUCUAACCCUAACACUAACCCUACAAUCAACAACCCCAACCCCAAUUCAUAUCCCAAUCCCACCAACACGUCAAACAGGAAGAGAAACAGGAAGGCAAGAAAUGAAAGAGAAAGGCCCAACAAGAAGAAGCCCUCGCAACCCGACCCGCCUCCACAUUCGGGGCCUCCUUGGCCCUGCUCGACCCCGAUCCAUGACUCCACUCCCGGUGCAUCAUUACCGUGGCCCACGAAGCCCAAUUCGGCUCCGGCAACCCACCGUCCAUCGCCAGAAGAACAAGCGAAACUCGCCGCGCUGAAACUACAACACAAUGCCUUGGACGCUUGCCGUGGAUUGUUUUUGGGCAAUGCCGGGUCGGAUAGCGAGGAAUCCGAAUCCGAACCUGAGGAGGACGAGAGUGGAGAUGGAGAUGACUAUUGGGUUGAGGGUGGUGAGAGUGAAGUGUACAAGGUGUUGUUGAAUGUGUUCGUGGAGAAGAGUGAGCUGAGGAGUUACUAUGAGGUGAAUUAUGAGAAUGGGGAGUUCUAUUGCUUGGUGUGUGGUGGGUUGGGAAAGAACAAGUGGGUGAAGGGCUGUGCUGGCCUUGUUCAGCAUUCGAUUUCGAUAUCCAACACAAAGAAGAAGCGGGCUCAUAGGGCUUUUGCGCAGGUGGUUUGUAGGGUUUUGGGUUGGGAUUUUAACCGGCUGCCCACAAUUGUGCUCAAAGGUGAAAGGCUUGGUCUUUCGUUGGAAAAGCCCGGCCAGGAACGAGGUGAAACUGAGGUAAAUGCUGGUUCCUCUGAGGGUGUUUCGGUUGUUGUUGAAGACAAAGUGGCAGCUGAAAAUGAUGCUAAUGCUGAAUACGAUGAAAAAGAGACAUUUGAUGAACAUCAGAAUAAGGGUAAACUACUAAUGAUUUGUGAGAACUCUCUGAAAUAUGAUGAUACAAAUGAAAGCACAGAAAGGACUGAAAAGGGAAUCCCAGAAAUGGAAGCAAACAAAGAAGCAGUAGAUACUUGGGAUGUGUUCUUUCAGAAUUCUUUCAAAGAUAAUGGUACAAAUAAAAGCUCAGAAAGCAUUGAUAAGGGAAUAUCAGAAACCGGAACAAACAAAGAAGCAGUGGAUACUUCUGAAAUUGAUCAAUCACUGGUCUCAAAGACUGAAUGGCCAUGUAAAGAGUCCAGUGUUUCCUCGUCAACAGUGUUAGGUUGGCCGACCUUUAGUUCUCACUCGGCUUCUGCAACAUGCUCCAUUCCGGUGGAAGAACAAGCAAGGUCUGCUACAUUGUUGUUACAGCAGAAGGCCUUAAAAGAAUGCCAGGAUUUCUUUGCUGGCUACAGUGGUGAAGACAUCAGCGAAGAUGAGGAUGAAGGCGAUUUGAUGGAUGAAGAUGGGUCUGACGAAAGUGAGGAAUUAAAGUUCUUUUCAAAGAUAUUUACAGAUCAUGGCGAGUUAAGGAGUUUUUAUGUCAAUAAUUACGAAAAUGGGGAAUUUUACUGCUUGGUUUGUGGUGGGGUAGGGAAGAAGGUAUGGAAGAGGUUUAAAGGUUGUGUGGCGCUUCUUCAGCACUCCACUGCAAUAUUAAAGACUAGGAAGGUGGCUCAUAGGGCUUAUGGCCGGGUUAUUUUUAAGGUCCUUGGUUUGGAUAUUGGUCAGCCUCCAACUGUUGGGUCUAAAGAUAUACCUCUUGAUGAUGGACCUUUGGCAAAGUCAGACAAUUUGCAGGGUGAACUGGAGGAAAAUGCUGAUGAUCACAAGGAUAAUGUUGUUGUUCUGAAGGAAAACUUGGACUCUGUGAGUGAUCAUAUUGGUGAAACAGUUUCAAAGCAGGAAUAUGAUGUUGUUCAGACUACUAGAACAUCAAAGACAUGUGAGUUGCAGGGUGAAGUGGAGGAAAAUGCUGAUGAUCACAGGGAUAUUGCUGCUGUUUUGAAGAAAAACUUGGACUCUGUGAGUAAUCAUAGUGGUGAAAUAGUUUCAAAGGAGGAAUCUGAUGUUGUCCAGAGUAAUGGAGCAUCAAAGACAUGCGAGCUGUGGGAAAACUUAGACUCUAUGAGUGGUCAUAGUGGUGAAAUAGUUUCGAAGGAGGAAUCUGAUGUUGUCCAGAGUAAUGGAGCGUCAAAGACAUGCAAGCUGCAGGGUGAAUUGGAGGAAAAUGGUGAUGAUCACAAGGCUAAUGCUGUUGUUUCGAAGAAAAGUUUGGGCUCUAUGAGUGGUCAUAAUGGUGAAAUAGUUUCAACAGAGGAAUCUGAUGUUGUUCAGAGUGAUGGAACAUCAAAGACAAGUGAGUUGCAGGGUAAGACUGAGAAAAAUGCGGGUGGUCCCAACGAAGAUUUGAAUGUGUUUAUGGAAAAUUUAGACCCUUUGUGAACAGUGAUAAUAUUGACUGAGUUUCAGGUGACUUUUUCAUGGUUGUGAUAUAUACUUUGCGUCAUAGUAUUACGUUGCUUUUAUGGAACCUUGCAUGACAAGCCUGAGAGAGUUGAGCAUGGUCACAAUCAAGAUUUGGGUAUAUCAUCGAAGAUUCAGACUCAAUUUUUGUUAGUGUUUGACACAUUCUGUUAUCCGUCAGAAUGAUGAAAACAUAAGCAGUCUCUGCGGUUGUGCAAAACUAAAUUCUUAGCUUUUCGUGAAGAAAAGAAGGGAAUGUGAAGUCAUACUUUUAAUUUGCGAUAAGUACUGUAUAGAUAGGGUUCUACUCUUUCAAAGAAGGACAAGCAUCAUUGGAAACAGUAAAUCUAUAAUGAAAUUCUAUCUUGG